CCGCUAGAGGACGGCCAGCCACAAAUAUACGUCGGCGGGACGCUACGAAGCAGGCGUUCAACUUCCCACAUUAGUAAGAAGAAGAACAAGGCGAUUUAAGUAGAGGAACGGACAGGUGAUGUGUCGGAGAGAGAGCCAUUAUUGUGCUUAAUUCUCCAUAUAAACACUUUUAAGAAGAAGAUAACGGGGGGAAAUGGCAAACAGAACGGUGAAAGAUGCUCACUCCAUAAGAGGAACGAAUCCUCAGUAUCUUAUAGAGAAGAUCAUUAGAUCUAGGAUCUAUGAUUCCAGGUAUUGGAAGGAAGAAUGCUUUGCUCUUACAGCUGAACUGCUGGUGGAUAAAGCAAUGGAAUUAAAAUUCUGUGGUGGUGUUUUUGGAGGCAAUAUUAAGCCAACUCCUUUUCUGUGUUUAAUUCUAAAAAUGUUACAAAUUCAACCUGAAAAGGAUAUUAUUGUAGAAUUUAUCCGUCAAGAGGAUUUUAAGUAAGUUAUAUAUGUAUUUUUAAUAACAACAAUAUAUAUGAGAUUAGUUGGAACUUCUCUUGAUUGCUACAAAUAUUUGGAACCAUUGUAUAAUGACUACAGAAAACUUCGGAGACAAAACAGAUUAGGAGCAUUUGAAAUAGUUCAUAUGGAUGAAUUUAUUGAUGAACUAUUACAUGAAGAAAGAGUUUGUGAUAUUAUUCUACCAAGAAUACAGAAAAGACAAGUUUUGGAAGAGUGUAAUGAUUUAGAACCUAGAAUUAGUGCUCUGGAUGAUGAUCUUGAUGAUGUUGAAUCAGAUGACGAUGAGGAUAAGGACAUGAGAAGAAGCUUAACGCCAGAUAGACGUCUUCCACUUCAUUUAAAAAGAGACGAUGAUAAGAAUAAGAGAAAUCUUUCUCCACUUCGUCACAGACGUAGUCGAAGUAGGUCUCCUCACAAACGAGGGCAUUCUUCACGAAGAAGAUCAAGAUCCAGAGAAAGACACCGGCGUCGGAGUCGUUCCCGAGAAAGGGACAGAGAGAGGGGAAAAGAUCGUGAUAAAACUCGUGAUAAAGACAGAAGACAUCGAUCAAGAUCACCAGGACAUAAGAAAAAAUCAAGUAAACACAGUCGAAGGGAAAAAGAAAAGGAUCGAGGUGAUAGAGAACGAAGAGAUCGGGGAAGGGGAGAAAGUAGAGAUGAUGAGAUUGCUGAAGCAAAUGCACUUCGUGCUAAACUUGGCUUACCUCCAUUACGACCAUAGAUUUUGUACAUAACAUCACAUAAUAAAUAAAUCAUAACUGUCAAAUGAUCAUUUAAAAUUGUUUUUAAAUCUUGUUCAUUUUUAGUUUGUUGUACAGGAAUUGUAAUUUUAUAAUUAAA